CUUUCAACUAUAAAUGCAUCCUCAAUGCCCGUUCGUGGUGCCGGACAUUUCCAUGCCAGAAUGUCAAGGCAGCUUCCCCACAUUUACUGUACCUAUGUAGCGAAGCCAAGCUCUGGAGAUUGAAGACUCCGCCAUAAGCCAGCUUCCGCGAUUAAAAGUUUCAUUCCGCACCACCUGCCUACAUAAAUGCACAGAAGAUUCGUCUUCACUCUACAAUUCAAACCUACCACGACACCUAGAGGCAAUCGAAGACCAUUUUCCACCAGCAUGGCAUCCAAGAAAGUAUCUGCCGCAGUCGCCAAAGCAAACGACUUCAUCGACUUCGUGAACGCUUCUCCAACACCCUACCACGCCGUCCAAUCUGCCAUCACCCGCCUCACCACCGCGGGCUUCACCGAGAUCCGCGAACGCGAUCCCUGGACCUCCCUCCUGCACCCAGGCGGAAAAUACUACCUAACCCGCAACGCCUCCUCCAUCGUCGCCUUCACCAUCGGCGCCAAAUGGAAGCCCGGGAACCCCAUCGCCAUGGUCGGCGCACACACGGAUUCGCCGUGCUUGCGGCUCAAACCGGUGUCCAAGAAGAGUGGGGCGGGCUUCCUGCAAGUCGGUGUUGAGACGUAUGGGGGAGGCAUCUGGCAUACGUGGUUUGAUCGCGAUCUGAGCGUGGCGGGGAGGGCGAUGGUUAGGGAUGGGAAGGGGGGUUUUGUGCAGAGGUUGUUUAAGGUGGAGAGGCCUAUUUUGAGGAUUCCGACGUUAGCGGUUCAUUUGGAGAGGCAGGAUAAGUUUGAGCCGAAUAAGGAGACGGAGUUGUUUCCUAUUGCUGGGCUAGUGGCUGCGGAGUUGAAUAGGACGGGGCAGAAGGAGGGGAAGGAUCACAGUAUUGAGGGGCUGGAGAAGGAGGGGGAGGGCGAGUUUAGGCCAUUGAAGGUGUUAAGGGAUAGGCAUCAUCCGUAUCUUGUGGAGAUUAUUGCUGAGCAUGCGGGGGUGGAUGUUGAGGACGUGAUUGAUUUCGAAAUGGUGCUUUAUGAUACGCAGAAGUCGUGCAUUGGAGGGAUCAAUAACGAGCUGAUUUUCAGCCCAAGACUCGACAACCUGGGCAUGACCUACUGCGCUAUCGAGGGAUUGAUCGAGUCAGUGUCUCAGAAGCAUGCAUUGGAUGACGAGACUGGUAUUCGUUUGAGUGUCUGUUUCGACCAUGAGGAGAUUGGAAGUACAUCUGCCCAUGGUGCGGCUUCAAACCUUCUGCCCGCAGUCCUGAGACGGUUGUCUGUCCUCCCAGCUGGACACCACGACUCGGGUUCCGAGCAAUCCUACGAGAAGAUUCCUCGAGAGCAGGACCUCGACAUCGCCACCGCCUACGAACAAACCCUCUCGUCCUCCUUCCUUGUUUCGGCCGACAUGGCACACUCAGUUAACCCCAAUUAUGCCCACAAGUACGAAGCUGAUCACCGACCAGAGAUGAACAAGGGAACGGUCAUUAAGGUCAAUGCGAACCAGAGAUAUGCUACAAACUCACCUGGUAUCAUUCUCUUGCAAGAAGUUGCGAAGCUUGCAAAGCCGAGCGAGGACUCGACUACCAGCCACGGAGUACCGUUGCAAUUGUUCGUUGUUCGGAAUGAUUCUUCUUGUGGAAGUACAAUUGGACCUAUGCUUUCUGCUGCUUUGGGGACCAGAACUAUUGAUGUCGGAAAUCCUCAGUUGUCGAUGCAUAGUAUUCGUGAGACGGGCGGUGUUUAUGAUGUGGAGCAUGGCGUCAGGUUGUUUGAGUCUUUCUUUCAACAUUUUUCGGAGUUGGAGUCGAAGAUUUUGGUGGAUUAGGUAGUUAUAUAUAUAUAUAUGUAUGUAUGGUAUAUUUCCUCCUUUGGCGAUCAAUGGCAGCACUUGCUCAAAAAAGCCGCCUCGAGAAUUAUUUGCUCGCUCAUGGCUCAAUGGG